AUGGCGUAUAUCCAAAAAAUUCCUCCCAGAAUUUUCACCCAUAAAAUUCAACUUGAUGAAGAUUGUGAGCCUAGUGUUGAGCACCAAAGGAGGUUGAAUCCUCCUAUGCAAGAAGUUGUGAAAACAAAAAUCAUCAAGUGGUUGGAUGCUAGUGUUGUGUACCCAAUAACGGAUAGCCCAUGGGUUAGUCCAAUCCAAUGUGUGCCCAAAAAGGGUGGAAUCACCAUUGUGCCAAAUGCCAAGAAUGAAUUGAUUCCAACUCGUAUGGUUACCGGUUGUAGGGUGAGCAUGGACUAUAGGAAGUUGAAUCAUUGGGCAAAAAAGAUCACUUUCAAAUGCCUUUCAUGGAUCAAAUGCUUGACUGGCUUGCGGGAAGGGAUUACUAUUAUUUUUUGGAUGGCUACUCAGGGUACAAUCAAAUCACUAUUUCCCCGGAAGAUCAAGAGAAAACAACACUCACUUGUCCGUAUAGGACUUUUGCUUUUAAGAGAACGCCCUUUGGGUUAUGCAAUACACCCACAACCUUCCAACGUUGCAUGA